AUGUUCUUCCCGAGCUUCCAGACGUACGGCGACAAGGAUCUGGACACUCUCCUGUCUUACGUUGUCGACCCCUACAUCCAGCACAAUCCCCUCGCGCCCUCUGGGAAAGCAGUCGCCCAGGCGGGGAUGACCCAGAUCUUUGCCACUCCGGGCCUCAUCAACAACGUCACCCGCGUCAUUUCUGAUCUUGACUACGUUGCUAUUCACGUUCACCGUAUUCAGCCCAACACAACUGAUAAGGCCAUUGUUGAUGUUUUCCGGCUGAAUGGCACCUGCAUUACGGAGCAUUGGGAUGUGCAGCAGAUCAUGAUUCCCAGCUCGACGAGCCCGCUGGCUUACUUCUAA